UUUCAAGUACAAGUUGUGGUCUAAGCUUGAAGAGUCUUCUCAGAUGCCCUGUAUUUACUUGCGGAAUGUACAUUGUUAUUUUAAGUGCUUCACCAAGUAGCAGUUCUGGUUCAGCAGCUCGCUCUCUCUUCGGCAGUGGAACUGGUCUUUCUUCAUUACGUUCAUUAGCAACGAAUCUAGUGUUCAGUGUGGAAGAUGGUAAAUUUGUGUCCAAAACAGAUUUAAUGGAUUCUCCCUUGUGUUCAUUAGCAAGAGGAGCUCUUCUCCAUCAAAUUGGUAUCUGUUAUGAUGUUACCAAUAACAUGAUCUGGACCUGCUCCAAUGACCAUGUGGAUCAGUUCUUUAAUUCAGGACAUCUUGCAACUCAUCAUGUGAACCAGAAACUUGGAGCACAGCAUGUGGUGGUGUCACCAUCUCUUGAUAAUAUGUCAAGCCCUGCAGAAGUGAUCUGUCAGCUAAUGCUACAUGUGGGCUCCACAUGUUGUCAUCAUUUAUCAUGUGAUAUAUCACCAAAUCCAGCACUACUAAACCUAGCUCCACAUCAUCAACUGACUGUUAGCACUUCUCUCUUAGCACAGACACUGAGUAUCUUAGAAAGCACUAUCAAUUGUGGAGAUUCUCAUCUUGUUAGCUGCACUCUUGUUGUUUUGCAGUUUAUAUUCAAGACGUUUGAGUUUAAAGGAAUUGAUUCCAUAGAAAGAGAACUGAUAUCAAGAAUUUCAAAUAUCUUGUGGCAGCUUGUGAAGGGAACAGAUACAUUUAGUGCAGUAUAUGGCCCUCAUGGAUGGCAAGGUGUACAAGCUGAAGCUUGCCGAGUUAUUGCCUUUGGUUUAAACAUUCUGUAUCCCACAGUUGAUGAUCGUAACUUUGUCAUUUUGCAACUUCUCUCUGAAGGUGAGGAAUCAAGCCCAUUAAACUACUUAUGUGGACUGAUUUUGACAGACUUUGCAGAAAAGCUUCAGAAUGUAUCAUUAAAUGAGAACGUUGCUGAACAAUUAAGAUUCCCUCAAGAUAUCAUACACGUCUUGAUGAAGAAAGCUGUGAAAGAUUCUUGUGUAUUGCUUCGGAAAUGCACAACAUGUGACUAUACAGACUUUGAAAUCUUUAUCUCCACUGCUCCUGAAACAUCAGAGUGUGUUCGAUACUUAAGUGCCUAUCAGUUACAUCUUUUGAGAUUAGCUGUGUUGAUGGAAUCUGACAGUGACAAAAAAAAUAUGAAAAGCUGCCUAUCGCUAAAGGAUAUCCAGUCACUUAUAAAGAGAUUUGCUAGUCACUUGUUUUCAGGAGCUAUUGAGGUUCUGGAAGCUUUGCUAGAAGGGUGUAACAUCCUGAUAUAUAAAGGGGGUACCACAUUAGAGUGGCAUCUGCAGGACUUGGAGAGGAUUGUUAAAGGAACAAUUCUUGGUUUGCUGUUUCCUGUGCUGACAACUUCACUCACUCAUUGUAGUUUUCAGUCACUCGACUUGGCAGAUUCUUUGAUGGCUCAGCUUGCUCAUCUGGUCAUACUUACUAGUCAGGCUGCCCUAUUGUUGAAAAGUCAGGUUCAAGCUAUAGAAGAGGAAGAAUUUCACCAGCCAGUAACUCCAGACACUGAUUUUGUGGAACUGUUUCCUGAAUCCUUCCCUCUAGAAAGUGGUCAAGAAUUGGAAGAAAAGGAGGAGUCUGGUUUUUUGGCAGGACUCAAGAUUCCCACCCCCUGGGCCACUGGCAGAACAGUAGAGUCUGUUCAUCCACUCAGGGAUAAUUAUAAGUUCCGAGAGACCGUUCACAUUUCUGGUGCACGAUGUCUUUACCUGCGCUUUGACCCUCGUUGUUCCUCACAGUAUGAUUAUGACAAGCUGUCAAUAUAUGCUGGUCCUAAUAGCAAUUCUACCAAAGUAGCUGAGUAUGGUGGUAAUACCCUUGGGUAUGGUAGCCGUAGUGUGCUAGGAAAUGGUUGGCCUACUGACUUGGUCAAGGUAGAUGGAGACACUGUUAUGUUUUCUUUUGAAAUGCGAAGUGGACGUGAGCAUACCACCCCAGACUCAGCAAUGUGGGGAUUUUUAGUUACAGUUCGGGCUCAGGAGUCAGCCGAGGAAGUAACAGGAGGUCUUCCCUUUUUGGCAGAUCUUGCCUUGGGUCUUUCUGUGGUAGCCUGUACCAUGUUGCAGCUUCUCUAUCAGGGAGAGCCAUUAUCUGCUGAGGAUGAAGAAUGUAAACAUUUGCUUCAAUCAGUAGUUCUACAGAGGUGUGUUUGGCAGACAGAGAGUGGUGGGAUAUUUGGGCCAUUAACUCCCCAAACAACUCCUGUUUCAGAAAUCAUAGAUGAAUCCACAGAGUUAGUUGCUUCAUCCCCAACCAAGCUGCCUCGAAUCAGACUAACUCCAGAGAGGUUGCACAAACUCAGAGAAAUCUCUGGACUUUCUGCUCCCCAACUCAGACCCAGCAUAAGGGACAUUAUUCAACCUGACAUGUUGGAAGAGAUGAUAGUGUCUGCUGUUGUAAAACACCUUUCUUUAGAUGAAAGUGUGAGACAGCUAAAAGCAGAGCAGGAGAACUCGAGGAGUCUUGACCAGCGAUUACUUGCUGAAGCCAUGAAGCAGACAUUUCGAAGAACUGAUGCUUUGAUUCGAAGACUUCAGGUAUUGGCAGAACUAGAGCAGCGGUGGCAAGCAGAAGUUGAAGAUAUCAGACAAGGCUUGAUGCCAUCUCAUCUGUCAUUGUUCACAAUGUACCACCUAUUGGAGUCUCAAUCUAAGGAGCUUGCAUUUUUAUGUUACCUGAAAGAUGUGGAGUAUGAUCCUUUCAACCUUGAAGCUGUCAUUAUAGCAUUAAGAGAAAAGAUGGACAGUGAAGCAGGAACAAACUACAAAGAAACAGAAGCUGUAAAACCAAUGGCAAAAACACAGAAACUUGUCAAGGGAAUUGUAGAACGAACCCAGCUACUACUCAAUGUUACCAUAGCAAAAGAUGACUCUGUAGAGAAAGGUCAGUCUGACAGUAGUCUGCUGAUCUACAAGCAUUACUCAAGGAGUCUGUCUGCUCCUUCAGAGCUGGAAGUAUCUAAAGAUGAUAUGAGUUUGAAGAAUAGUCACUCAACCAAAGAGAAGCGCCUUAGUGGCUACUGGAAAGAUAAAGAUUUUGUCUUGCAGAAUCUUCUCUUGGAAGAAGGUCAGGUCACUAAGGAUCAAAAACCUGCAUGUUCAGCUUUGCUUGACCAGCUUUUUUCUUUUAUUGGUAGCCAUCCAGAAAAAUCAGUUUCUCCUCAGAGUUUUCUAAUGGCUGCAAAAGUUCGACACUGGCGAGGGAAGACCAGAAAACAGGCACUUGUCCACAUGAAGGAGUUAUUAACAGCAGCAUCUCGAGUUGGAGGUGCCACACACUUGGUUGCAGCUGUAGCAGCUGUGUUACAGCGUGGAGUAAGGAUUGAUGAACUUGCAUGUGGGGGAAUGAUGAGUAGUGUCAGUGAAGCUUUUGGAGAAACCCUGGCUUCUAUGGUACACCUUGUUGCUCGAUAUCCUCAUGCAUGCUGUAAUAGCAUCGGGCUGCUCUGUAUUAUUCCAUAUACAAGAUCUGAGGAAAAAAGCCUGGUACGUAGUGGCCUUGUAAACCUCCUAGAUCGUCUCUUAAGCUUGAAUGGCUCGAGAAAAGACCCAGGGGUAAGUGAAUCACAGACAGCCCACCAGAAGGUACCAGCAUUAGCAUGGGCAGGAUUUCAGGUUCUGGCCAAUCGCUGUAUACAGUGGGAAAAGGAAGAAGAAGCUCAAGAUGAUUUGGAACACACAGGACUAGCACGACAAGUUUCCACACUUCUCAGUAAUCACUUAACCCGUGCAACAGAAGGUUACCAUGGCCAAGCAGCAGGGAAUGAUGCUUUACAAGAAGUUCUGGGGCUCCUAAACAACCUAUCUAAAAGUAGAAUGGGCAAAGCUAUUCUGAGCCAACCAGCUUGCAUUUCUAGGCUGUUGUUACUGCUGUUGGAUGAAAGACCAUCUCCUAAGCUGGUUAUGAUCAUCCUGAAAUUGUGUCACAUUGCCCUCCCUCUCAUGAGUGCAGAAGAGUGUACAAAGUUACUUUCUCUCCCAUCUUGGUUUGUGGCAGAUUGUGAUAAACUUUCACCAGAUGUCACCGACACUCCAAGUAGAGUUGCUAGCCUCUUUUUGGCACGUCUUGGAGACUAUAUUAUUCCAGGCUGUCAGCUGUUAUCCAGACAAGAGUCACAGGAAAAACUUUCCAGUAACGUUUUUUUGGUAAGUGUUAAAGAUAAUGGUUCUCAAGACAGGGACAGAGGACUAGAGGACAGUGACAUACAGGAUGGAAAGCUCUCUGUGUUUUUACAUAAGCGAGAAGACCAGUCAUCACAUGAAGUGAUACAACCACUAUUGAGUGGCACAGAAAGCAGGUUGUUCCGAUUUGUUGGUGCUACCAACAUGGAACGUGUGGUAAAGAUGGACAGAGAGAUGAGCAAGUUUGGGAAGGCUGAGAUUUGCACUGAAGAGGCUGCCCCAGCAAUCAGACGAGCAGCAAAGUGGGCACAAGGUGGUAUGCUGGUGAGCACUGGGCCUCCUCUAGAUGGCUUGAACAUUGACAGUCAACAAUCGUCUGAUAAAAAGAAAAGUAACACUGAAGUUAUUUGUAGAGAGAGGAACACUGAACUAGCAAAAACUGACCCCUUACGACCAUUUAUCAGUGGGCAGGUGGCAAAUAGCAUGGCUGCUGAGGUUAUAGGCCUUUUACACAGUCUGUUGAAUUCUCCUGAAUCUAAUACAGCUGAAUUAUGGGCUGGUGCUGUUGAGAAGGUGCUAACAGGUGCACUUGCUCUUCUACCACAACUUUUGAGACAGACAGAGACAUCUAAUGGCCUGCUUUCUACUAAUCUAUCUUCUGUUUUAUCAAUGUCCAGACAAGUGCUGGGGGCAUUGUGUGUUCUGGGUGGUUUCAAGGAGUCUCUGAAGCCUGGUUUGCAUGUUGUAAUUGAAGGAGAAGGACUACAUAACUCUUGUGGCCAGAUCCUCAGUGUGUCAGAACAGCAAGGCCUGGCAACAAUACAGUUGAAAUUACCAGAAGAUCCCACACCAUACCCAAGGAGCUCAGACAUUGUUCAAGUUCCCCUUUCAAGACUUAAAACCUUGAAAAUCAAGCCUUUCCCUCUGCAUCGUGUGUCUCUUACUCAGCAAGUUGUAGAAGCUCUUCAUGCUUUACUGGUGCCUGAAAAUGGCUUUCCCUCACCUCUACAGAGUCCAGUUCCUGCUCCAACUGAUGGCUCAAGCUUGGCCUUUACAGUUUGUAGAGCUAUAGCUGAGAUACGGACAAGAGCCUGUCAGGUCCUGGCAGUUCUUCUCAAAGACCAGCAGUUUGCUACAGCUUUUAUGCAGAAGUCCUGUAGAGCAAUAGAUAUUCUGAAGAUUCUAGCAAAGGAAUGUAUCUCAGGGGUGAGAUUAAAAUUGUUGGAGAAACAGUGUGAAUCAUACAGGAUGCUGUACCUGGACUGUGCUAAACCUUCACCACCCCCAAGUAAAACUACAGGCAGGUCAAAGGAAAUGACAUGGAACCCCACUAGGUCUUUUCCUCCACUUCGCUCCAGCUUAUUUAGUCAUGGUAUGACAAGUAUUCUUUUCCUUGGAGAUCCCAGUGUUGGUUCAGGAUUACCGAGAGGAGCUUUUGUUUAUGGUUCCCAACCUGUUCCUCCACAGGCACCAUCGUUUUAUUGGGAAUUGGAGGCUUGCUCCUUUGGAGAUUCCCAAGAGGAUACUGGCCCUGUAGUGUCAUUUGGUUUUGCCCCUGCAGCAGAGAAAAAAGAGGGCACUUGGACAAAUCCUGUGGGAACCAUAUUGUUUCACAACAAUGGACGAGUGGUGCAUUAUAAUGGUUCCAGUCUGCUCCAGUGGAGAAGUAUCCGUCUGGAUGUUAGCUUGAACCCAGGUGAUGUGGCAGGAUGUGGGUGGGAGAGACAGGGAGAAGCCACUGAACUUCCAGCUGGCCAGGUUCCUAAGGGGACUGUUUUCUUUACACACAAUGGUCGUCGUCUGUCAUCCACAUUGGAUAAUGUUGCAGGAGCAAUGUGGCCGGUUGUUCACAUACAGAAAAAGAGUACUAGAGUCCGAGCCAACUUCGGAACCAGGCCUUUCGCUUACAAAGAUGGUCAGCAACACAAGAAUGCUGCAGAUGAAUGUUCUGAAAACAAUCAUGAAAUUAGAGCCAAUUUUGGUCUGUUACCCUUCCACAGUGUUUCAGACAGUGACACUGAUCUUGGAGAGAGAAAUUCUGUAGGAGCUGGGAGCAGCAGUGAGUCUCUUCAAGAUGUUCAGACUACCCAUGGGCCUUCAUGCAAAGUUCCCUCACUCCCUAAAGCCAAUAAAGAGUACAGUAGUGAAGCAUCUGUGGAUGAUAAGCUGCCUCUUAGCUACACUAUUGUUGUAACCACUGGUCCAGAGUCUGUCCUUACGGGUGAUAUCUCAGAGCUUGAAGAAGUUGAUGACAGCCAACAAGGAGAGGACAUGAAUGGCUUACUUGUAAAAGCAUGGGAAAGUAAAGUGUUCCCUGUGAUACGACGGAGGUUCCGAAAUGAAGCAGAGAGGAAAGAUGGCUUGGAGCAGAUUCGUGGAGCUUUGCAGUUAGGGAUGACUGACAUAGCCCGACAGACUGUGGAAUUCUUGUAUGAAGAGAAUGGAGGAAUGCCAAGAGACUUGCAUCUUCCUACAGUUGAAGACAUCAGAGAAGACCUGACUAAGUUUACCAUUGACAGAAUACGGAAAGGUGCUGUUGUUGUUGUAAAAAAUCCUAUUGCCCAAGCUUCUUCUCCCUCCCUCUGUACUCCAGAAGGAGUGGGAAUAUCAUCUGGAGGGAGUAUUGGUGGAACAUCCAUUCCAAAGUUUGCUCUGUCACAAAUGCUGAAGACAUUUGGUUUGAUUGGUCAGGUUUUAGAAGUUGACACGCAAAAUGAGCUAGUGCAAGUGGAAACAUACCUUAGGAAUGAAGGGGUACUUGUAAGAUAUUGGUAUCCACUGGAAAUGCUGGAAAGACCACCUCAAGGGGUAAGACAAAGUGCAGUCACCGGAUCACAGGUAGUGGACACUCCUACCAUACACCACCAUAGGGAACUUGUAAGGAUUGAGUCUUUGCUGACUAGGAUGUACUGUAGAGCAGCUCUUAUGGAACUAAUUCAUCACUGUAAUCCAGAACAUAAAAGCAGUGAGUCGCCUCCUCUGUGGAGCACUAGCAUGGCAGCAAGUGCUGCUGUUUUACAGGAAUUAGAUGUUGAAAACCUUCAACUUCUAUCCAAUGAGCUUUUAGCGCACAACAAUCCACGAGGCACUGUACUGGAAAGUUCUUUAGUCACAUGCCAGUCUCUAAAACAGUGUUUAUCCCUUCACUCUUGCUCUCCUUCUGACCUAUUUUAUGUUCAGAACAAGGCUUCAAGGAGUCGACUUCAAAGUGAGUUGAAGUCUGCAAUUUCAAGAGCUGGAAAACAAGGAGAGGAUUACCUCUUGGAGUUGACCAAUCAGAUUUGCUUAUGCUUACAGCUGGCACCAGAAAGUUUUCUAUAUGAGGAAAUGGUCAUCAGUGAUGCUAGACAAACAACAGACAUUUUUAUCCCCAAUGCUGCUUUUCUUGUUGUCUCUUGCCGAAAUGAUCCUUGUGCUUCUUCAAAAAAAGAGUCAUCAACGUAUAAAGCCCCAUGGGCUCAUGUCUAUUCCUAUAGUGGACCAUCUAUUAAAAAGAAUGGACAACUUGUAAAAUGGGAAGUUGUAAGUUAUCCACUGGAUGCUGGCACUGGCUCUCCUGGCUUACAAUCUGGUCCAUCUACAGUGUCUGAUGUAUACCCAACAGUUUUGAUAGCUGGAAACAAGCUUCACCUAAAGACAGGUAUCUCUCCUCCUCCAGGCAUGUCUUUAUUAGUGCAUGGUGUCCCUCCAGAGCUACCAUUAGCACUCCAAUACAUAGAAGUAUUAUUGACAGAGAAGAGGACAGAAUUAUCUCUCAAGCAAGAACAGAAAUCUCUCAUUACACCAACCAUCUUGUUGAAUGUAGUUGAACUCCUGGGAGGGUAUCUUUGGAAAUCCAACAUUCCAGCACUAAUUAAAGAAAGAGUAUUCCAUGUCUUGGCAGAGCUUUUGAGGACCUUGCAGGAAUCUAAAACUCAAUCAGAUGACCUUUCACCUUUCUUUCCAACCUUGGGCUCCCAACUAAGCCCAUCUCUCAUGCUUUUAAUCCAACUCCAGGCUGAACUGAAGAAACUGUAUGAAGAAGAAACCAAGAACUGGACAUCAAACAGUGCUACUAGUGUAACAGGUAUGGCACUUGGGGCAGGAGAUAGUGGCAGGUUUUCUUCUUAUUUUCAAGCCUUGUUGGAGGUUUCUCUGGCUGUGGCUGAAGUCACAAGUCCCAUUUCUUCUGGUUUUGCUUUUGGUGGAGGUUUAUCAACUUUUGCUACAACAUCUCAAACAGACCUCACUUCUGCUACUGGAACCAUAGUGCCUGAAGUACCUAUCAGUCCUCUGGUAUCAAGUCGAAGAAAGAAGCUUAAAGCAAAAAGAGACAGAGAAAGAACUUCUCCUAGUAAAGGAUCAGUUGCUUCCAAAAACAGUGAUCCAGAAACUGGAGGACCAGCUUCAAGUACACAGAAUGACCAAGGAGGAUCUGUGGACAACAUGAAGCCAGAGGAUAUGUUAUGGUUCCAUCGAGCUCUCACUGUCUCUCAGAUUUUGAGACAUCUCACUUACAGAGAUCCCCAUGGGACUUCGGUUACAAAUGAUGCUAUUGUUGAUGCUAGUCAGAAUCUUCAAACUCCUACAUCCCACACUAGGCUUAUAGUCAUCACAGGUAUACCCUCUUAUCUUAGCCAAAGUCAGGUUAAGAAAGCCAUCAGGAAAGCUCUGAAAACCUGUGGAGGUGCUAAAAGAAAUGAGAUUUUUGUUCCACCUGUUGAAAAAGAUUCGCAGACAAAACCUUCUGGUUCCCGACCUUCUGUCAAUAAAUCUAAAAAUGGGUCAUCUGCACAAACCAGUGGCAAUAGUGGAUAUGCUGUGGUGGAGAUACUCUCUCAAUCCAAAUUAGAAACAGCAAAGAAAAUCUUGUUAAAUAGCAAAAUGCUACUCAGUGGAAUAAAAGGAGAUAUUAAAUUAGCUGCUGAAGACCUUGUGGAGAUUUCAGAAACAAUGUCUGUAUCUACAGUUACUCAGUGUUUUCAGCUCUCUGAUUUGGAUGACAAUACUCCACUUCAACUCUACCUUUCGUCUAAGCUUAUGUCUUCUGCAGCUUGUGAUGAUUUUAGUGAUGCAACGCUGAUCACACUUACAGAGAUAUUUCACAGUUGUUUCAUCGCAGAACAUAAUGUGAGCCUCCCUGAUUCCAGGAAUGACUCAGGAUACAUUUGUUUAAACAAGGACCAGAUUACAAAUUCGGACCAAGCAAAUCUUUUGAGGACUUUUAUGGAUACUUUGAAAGAACCUAAGAGAAGUUUGGUGGAGUUUGUUUCCAUAAUUCUGGAGAAGUAUGGCAUUCCCAAGCUGUUAGAUAAAGAGGACUUAACUGAAAAAGAAUGGUGGGAUGAUGAAAUACAGAAAGAGAAACCUAUAUCACAUAAAAAGAAAGUAUUGGUUGAGGAAACUGAAAAUCUUUCUGAACACAGUGUUUCAGGAACCACUGAGAAGAAGCCCAAAGCCCGUAUCAGCAAAGGAGACAAGUUUCGGAAGGAGAAUGUUCCAGGAUAUGAGUUAGCCACCAAAGAAUCGUACUACUUAACUCUUGAUGGAUUUAUUCAGUUUGUAUAUGACAGAAGUAAGUCUGAUGUGUGUCUGGUGUGGCAGGGUCUUAUCAACAGUGGAUAUGAUCUUCAUUUUGACAGAUGUGCCUGUAUUGACAGCAACCAGGCUAAACAGAUGGCCAAGUACUGGACCCUAGACAUGGAUUGUGCCCUUGUACAUCUUGUGAAUGGUUUAUCUCGCAAGCUUGCAGUAGCUCCUUCUAGAAUACACCCUCAUGAAAUUCACCUUUCACCAGCAGAGCUGGCUAGCCCAGAGUAUUAUAUUUUACAAGAUGUCCCAGUGGAAAGUAUCAGAUUAAGAUUUGCUUUGGUACAGUCUAUAAACUACAGCCUGGAAACAUUUUUUCUACCACUAAUUGAUCUUCGUGCUAGCAACAGCUCUUUCUCUCACAGUACAGCAGCUUUGCUUUCUAUGGCUCGUGGUUUCAUCUUUUAUGACACAAAGAAUAAACUAACAAAUCAAGUUUUGAAUGCUACCAGGCAGAGGAGACUUGACCAAGUUGCUCCAGAAAUAUUUCUUGAUCCUUUGGAAACAAUUGGAGGUAAGUAUUUUUUACU